ACUUUAUCCCAUAAAAAUAAAGAGAGAGAGAGAAAGAGAAGAGAGAGCAAAGUAGCGUUUCAAUUUUCAAAUAAAAGCAUACUCACAGGCAGAAGCAGACUAAAUCUAUCUUUCACCGCUCUUAUCUACACACUAUACUAUUAGCUCAAGCAUCAAAGCAAUGGCGGAGAGAGCGACGCCUGUUCGGAAGCCGCACACUUCCACCGCCGAUCUACUCACCUGGUCCGAGACGCCGGCAUCCGACUCCUCCCUCGCCGCCGGCAACGCUUCUCGCUCCGCCUCCCGUACUUCUCAUCAGCCUUCUGACGGAGUCGGCAAGGUGCUCUUUGGAGGUCAGAUUACUGAUGAGGAAGCUCAGAGCCUGAACAAACGGAAACCUUGUUCAGGGUAUAAAUUGAAGGAGAUGAAUGGCAGCAAUAUAUUUUCUGCUGACAGUGAGAAUGAUGCCUCAGAAUCUGGAACUAAUGGCAAUUUGAGUAAUAGAACAUCAGUGCGUAUAGUUCAGCAAACUGCGAAUGGAAUAAGCCAGAUUUCAUUCAGUACUGAAGAAAAAAUUUCCCCGAAAAAGCCUACCACUAUACCUGAGGUGGCAAAACAGCGUGAAUUGAGUGGAACUCUUGAAAGUGAAUCAGAUCUCAAAAACAAGAAGCAGCUGUCAGAUGCAAAGUGCAAGGAACUUAGUGGAAACGACAUAUUUGGUCCUCCUUCUGAAGCUCCUCCUAGAUCAUUGACUGUUGCGCGCUCAAUGGAAUCAAAAGAAAGCAAUUUUAUGGGUGAGCCUGCUCCUCGUAAUGUCCGCACGUCUGUCAAGGUUUCUAAUCCUGCUGGAGGCCAAAGCAAUAUCAUGUUUGGUGACGAACCUGUUGUGAAAACAACAAAGAAAAUACACGACCAGAAGUUUGCAGAGUUGACUGGCAACGACAUUUUCAAGGGAGAUGUCCCAGGGUCUGCUGAGAAGCAUCUUAGCAGGGCAAAGCUGAAAGAAAUGAGUGGCAAUGACAUAUUUGCUGACGGAAAAGUUCAAUCCAGGGAUUACUUUGGUGGUGUCCGCAAACCACCAGGUGGUGAGAGCAGCAUUUCACUUGUUUAACUUUUAACUCUCAUCAAACUGGUUUUAAGUUUUAUAGUAAAUUAUGAUCCUUCUAAGGCUGCUGGUUUUAACUAAUGAAGUACACUUAACGGUUCAUGAGAAUGACAAGUGAGGCUGGUAGAUUCGAGAUGCAUGAGCCAUGGUGUAAGAACAAUUCUAAAGACUUGAAUAUUUCUUGGUAAUGUAUGAAUUAGUGCUAAUUUAGUUCCCA